CGAGUCAUUUCGGAUCCGUGGUCGGUUCCGGGUUUCAUGCUCUCGCUUCCCCACUGAGGAAGACCAAAGGCUGCUCAAAACCCUAUCUUUGAUUCCCCAAGAGAAUCUCCAAAAGUUUCUGAUGAAAUCCUCCCAUUUUCUCUCGAUUGCCUCUCUGAUCGAUCCAUAUCGCCUUCGCGAUUGCGCUGGCUUUUCCCGUUGAGAUUUUGGCCGCUUCUACGAGGAUUUCCGCCCCGGAAAUGGUGAUCUCGGCUUGUUUCCGAUCGAGUCCCAGGGAUUCAACCACGGCGGAGGCUAUCAGCUUCUUUGCGAGCAUUCUCCUCUUCUUUCGAUAAGACGGUCUUCUUUUAUGGGGUUUGUUUGAAGAGGAAGAGAAAAAGGGGCUUUGAUUUGGAUUUGCUUGUUAUUGUUGGCUAUCAGUGUUUAGAUCGAGGUGUGCCUCGAACCCGCUGUUGUUUACCCUCGGAUCUAGACUCGAAACGCGAUUUUGCCUGGUAUGUCAUCAGAUCCUUAGAUUUUGAUCCUUUGAGCUAUGGAGUGUUUUCCCAAUAGAUUGGAGCUAUUUAUUUCUGUUUCCCCUGUUGAUUUUUGUGUUCCUUGUACUUUCCUGGGUUUAUUGUCGGAAGGUCACUGGAUUUGAUUGGGAAAAAAAAUCCUACUUUGGAUCCUUUAAGGAGUUUUGGGAUUUUGAGAUGGAGACACUGGUUGUGGUUGCUCAGCAUCGGAAUCAAUAUUACAACAGGGGCAAAUCUCAGAUCUCCGAUAGGUUCGGUGUUUCUCCUUCAAGAGGCUUCAAAGGGAUCAAUUGCCGGACUUUCCAGUCCGGUGCCGGUAUUCUGCCCCGGCUACCCUCGUUUCCCAGCUCCCCCGAGCCGAGAUCGCCGUGCUUUUACUCGGAACCACCCAAACAAAGUAGAAGAAGCAAACCCAUUCCGAUAAGUCCUUCACCGUCUCCUCAAGGAGCAAGCUUCAAUGAUGAACUCUCUUACUCUGAGCUCUGGGCAGGGCCGGCUUACUCAAAUUCACCCCCUCCGAGUUCUCUACCCAUCCCGACAUUUUCCCUUCGGCAGAAACGCAGCAUCUCUCUGGAAUUGCCAGGUCCUUCAUCUGGAAUGACUCUCCAUCCAUUGUCCAAGUCGGCACCUUCUUCUCCCACCAGAAAGUCUGGUUCGUCUGACAAUGACCUCUUUCUCAACACCGUUACUGCUACGGAGAAUUUGAGACGGAUUCUCCAUUUGGAUAUCGCUGAUGACUGAAUUUGAUGCAGGACUUGGGGGGUUCUGUAAAUAUUUGCUGCACUGAUGUUGGCUUUUGACGUUUGUUUACUUGUAUAGGGGUAGUGAAUAACUUUUUGGAUAGUGUCUUUGGAAGAAGAUGAUUUAGAAUUCUCUAGUUGGGGAUGAAGAAAAAUGAGGCUGUAUGGCUGUAAUCAAAUAUGAUUUGGCAUUUGAGAAGGUAGGCGUUGGAGGAAGGCUGGGAAGAAGAAAGUUGUUGAUCAUGAAGCUAAUCAAAUUUAUUGGAAAGGAAGUGGGGAAUGUGGGGAAGCAUUGGAGACAAUGGCUAAGCACUACUCUUCUUCAGUGCUGCCUGUUAUCUGGGUAGUUCUUUUUUCCCUGGGUUGACACUUUGAGCUUUAUUACUCUGGACUGGUUAUACUAUCUGGUUAGGCAAGUUCAAUUUAGAUGCUGUCCUUUGCUCUUUUUAAUUAGGUUCGGUGCUUCAAAUUUUCCAUAGAUGAGUCAUAUUAUGGAACUUUGACUUGUGUCUUUAGGUUAUCUGCUUUUCUGUUCUCGAAGAGCCUGCGUUCUCUAGAGAUAUUUCUCUCGUCUGUUCGAACACUUAAAGUUCGGAUCUUUUCUCUUCUCUACUGUUGUUUGUCUAACUUCUGACUUGCUCUGGUCCUUCGCAAGGACAUCGAGUUCGCCUCAUCACUUCUUCUGGUUUUUUGGAGGAAGAAGUUGGGAGGAGAACUAGAACAACAACUCCUCUCUCCCUUCUGCCACUUGUUUUGUCUGUCUCAAUGCGUGCAGGUUUUAGCUGUUGUUUGUAUAGCAUGUUAUCUGUAUGUGCUAAGCUCCAUUAGGUUGUCUGCUUAUCUUUAGUAGUGGGUGCUGAGUCAGGUAGUGUAGUCUCAUAUUUCAUAAGUUGUCAACAAGAAGUUUGUAAGUUGUUUAGCGAAGCAUACCAUCCAUGAGAGGUAGCUGAACGGUGUCCAUGGGAGGCAACUGAACCUAUGAUCUGCAACAAGUUCUAUUUUGGUAUGGCGUUGAGGAACUUGCUGGCAUCUCAACAGAUGGUUUAUUCAGCACGGAUGGUUUAAUUCGUCAAUGGCUGGUUUCUUUCUGUUAGCGCCGGCACUCCACAACUAAUUUCUAUGUAAUCUAAAAACUGUUGUCUCGGAGUCGUGAUGACCCAGUCGGUGAAGACUUCUUGGCCGUCGAGUAGAAAAUUUGUAGCAAAGACACGAGUAGCUUAUUUUAUGUAGUAUUCACUUUCGUUAGUAUUAGUUAUCAUAUUAUAUCAGUAUUUCUAUAAAACUUCAUUGCUGUCUAUGCUUAUUUGAUAAUAUAAGUAUUUGCUGCACCAUGUUUGAUCA